CUCACCAUCGGCGUUUUGGGGAGGAGGGGCGGAUGUAGACGGCAUUGUUGCUUGUCGACAGGUGACGAUGCUACGUGAGGACGCGUUGGCGCGAAAUCGGGUUGGGAUGAUUGCCACCAAUUAAGCGCAUUUCGCAAAUAUUGGACUAUCCCAAGCCCACCCAGCCAUGCUGGCGUCGACGAGAAAGUAAUUGAAACGGGUUUCAAAAAAGAAUAGCAGCCAAAUUGGUAAAGUUGGUUCAAUGCAGGGAGGAAAGCAAUACCCAGAGGUGGGCGAUUUCUUUUCCUAAUAACUAUCCACGUAAAGCACCGCCAAAGAAAAUAUAAGUUCGAUAAAGACAGGAAGGGGAUAAUAAAGCAACAGACGAGAUGAGAACCCUCCCUCCAGGUAGCAGCUGGAUUGGUGGGACUCAGCUCGAACGACAUUUACACGCUUCGGAACAGGCGUUUCGUGCAAUGUUGUGUUUCCAGACCGCCAACCUUCCUUUCCCAUCUCGACUAGCACAGGUUCAAUUCUCCCACUACCAACAUCUUCAUACUCGAUAACAAACCAUGGCGAUCGUACAAGCCACCCCCAGCAUCAUCUCGAUGGACUUCGGGAACGGCCGCGACGACAGCCACUUCCGCAUCCGCUCCGGCCACAAAGUCAAGUAUAUCACCAUCCUUCCGAGGACCCUCAGCGUGGACACCCUCGAUGACAUGCCGCUCGACUUCGAGGCCAUCCUGCCGCCGCUGGACUACGGCGGCGACGGCUGGACGCAUGCGAGCGUGUUCCGGGACGCCCAAACCGGCGAGCUGGCGGCGUCGCUGUCGUCGCCCACCAUGGCCGGCGUCGAGAGCGUGUGGCACCCGGAGAUGAUCGAUAUGAUGGACCUGGACAAGAUCAAGACGUGGAGCAUGCUCGUGCAGCUUUGCAGAUACCACCCGUCGUCAUCGUCGUCGUUGUCGUCGCACGUCGACCAAGACGAGGCGGGGGCGGCGACGGCGACGGUCGCCGGCCCGACAACAAGAGUCGUCGUCGCCAAGAUGGCCCGCUUCGAGUGGGAGGUCGCCUACAUCGAGGGCGAGACGAGAGGGUACAAGCUGCUCGAGGGCACCGGCCUCGCGCCGAGGUUCCUGGGCCACAUCCACGAGGGCGGCCGGGUGAUGGGCGUGCUGCUGGAGCUCUUGGAAGGCGGCCGCCCCGCCGGCGUGGAGGACCUGGCGGCCUGCUCCGAGGCGCUCGGGCGGCUGCACGCCAUGGGGAUCCUGCACGGCGACACGAACCGGCACAACUUCCUGGUCUUCCCCGGGGGCGGCGGUGACGGGGGCAAGAAGGUGGUGAUCCUGGAUUUUGAGAAGCACAAGGAAGGGGCGAGCAGGGACGAGUUGGACGCCGAGAUGGAGGGGCUGAAGGCUCAGCUCGAGGAGGAAACUGGCCGUGGGGCAGGGUUUCCGCGGUAGGUGGCGCGACGGAUAUGCCCGAAAGGAU